AUGGAGUUUGAAGCCAACAGUAGCCAGACAAUAACUUCUGAUGAGGAUACAGGUCUUCAUGAGGCUUGUGGUGUGUUUGGUUGUGUGGCCACUGGAGAGUGGCCUACCCAGCUCGAUGUGGCUCACACCAUCUGUCUGGGACUGGUCAGUCUGCAACACAGGGGUCAAGAAAGUGCAGGAAUUGUGACAAGUAUGGGUGCAAAUGACUCGCUGCAUAGACAGAAGAAAGGCAUGGGACUGGUCAGUCACAUCUUCAGUGAAGAGGACAUGGUCAGACUACGGGGCAACAUUGGACUGGGUCAUACACGAUACUCAACCCACGGAGAGUCUGACACUUCUAAUGUACAGCCCUUUGUGGUGGAGACAUUGCAUGGCCUUACAGCUGUGGCACAUAAUGGACAACUUGUCAAUGCCAAGUCCCUCAAACGUAAGUUACUGCGACAUGGAGUUGGGUUGUCAUCAGGAUCAGACAGUGAACUAAUUACACAACUUCUCACACACAUGCCAGAAUGUGGAGAACCAGAUGGAGCCAACUGGGUUGGAAGGAUUAAGAAGAUCAUGCAGGAGACGAAAGCAUCAUAUGCAUUGGUCAUUAUGAACAAGGAUAAGUUGUAUGCAGUACGGGACCCUAUUGGAAAUCGACCACUAUGUAUAGGCAAGCUGCUUCCUGCUGCAGCGUUCUCAGGGAAGAAAAUCCUUGAUGACUCCGAGGUAGAUGGAUGGGUUGUGGCUUCCGAGUCCUGUGCCUUCAGCAGUAUAGGCGCCCGAUACUACAGAGAAGUUCUCCCAGGAGAAGUUGUGGAAUUGAGCAAGAAGGGAAUCCGAUCAGUAUACAUGGCUCCCAAACACAAACAGACCCCGCCAGCCUUGUGUAUAUUUGAGUAUGUGUACUUCGCCAGAUCUGACAGUGUAUUUGAAGGACAGAUGGUGUACAUGGUGAGACAGAAUUGUGGAAGACAAUUAGCCAAGGAAGCACCUGUAGAUGUAGAUAUGGUCAGCACCGUUCCCGAGUCAGCCACGCCCGCGGCCAUGGCUUAUGCUGCUGCUAUAAACACACCUUACGGAGAGGUUUUCACAAAGAACCGCUAUGUCGGACGGUCCUUUAUUCAGCCAAACAUGAGGCUACGACAGCUGGCUGUCGCUAAGAAAUUUGGAGCUCUUUCACAGAAUUUCAGUGGCAAGCGGAUUGUGCUGGUGGAUGACUCAAUUGUUCGAGGUGUGACGAUGAUUCCUAUUGUCAGACUUCUCAAGGCUGAGGGGGCAAAAGAGGUCCACAUCCGGAUUGCAUCACCUCCUAUCAAGUAUCCCUGUUACAUGGGAAUCAACAUCCCUACUCACCAGGAACUUGUGGCCAACAAAAUCCCCGUCGAUCAGCUGGCUGACUACUUUGGGGCGGACAGUUUACAAUACCUUUCUGUAGAAGGUCUCAAGGCAGCAGUGACUGAAGGAAUAAAGAGUGAAACAGAAUCAACUGGUCAUUGUGUGGCCUGUCUCACGGGAGAUUAUCCAGUGGAACCAGACUGGUGA